UACGGUAGAACAUGGACGCCACACUGAGCAGCCUGUGCUGUUCGUGGUAAGAUCACAACAGAGUUUUAGGUCUGUAUCACUCACUCAACCACAAUGAUCACUCCUGCGUUCGACCUGAGCCAAGACCCAGAGUUCCUGACCCUCAGCAUCCGGGUGCCGUACACCAGGACCUCCGAGUUCGACCUCUACAUCGAUGGCACCGAGUUCAAGUUCUACGCAAAGCCUUACUUUCUCAGAUUGACUCUUCCUGGAAGAAUUGUGGAGGAUGGGAGGGAAAAGGCCACAUUUGACAUUGAUAAAGGUCUGUUCACUCUUCGGGUCCCCAAGGAGACGGCCGGAGAGCACUUCGAAGGCCUGCAGAUGCUGACGAGUCUCCUCGCUCCGAAGGGCUCCCGCUCGGCCAGGCCGCUGGUGGAAGACGUGAGCGCGGAAUGCAGCGUAAGCGCAGGAGACGAAGAGGAGGAGGACGAUGAGGAAGAAGAGUUUGACUGGCAGGUUGAGCAGCAGGUUUACACGGAGAGAUCUGAAGAGGAGCUGAGAGGUCUGCAAAAGUACGGCUUCGGGGGUCAGAGGUCGGGAGUGUUCGCUCGAUUACAGGAGGAGCUCAGCGAUGUGAUUGACGUGCAGAACCCAGACGGGACGUCGGCGGCGGAGAGGCGGCAGGGGCGGCUGGAGGCCGAGGCGGCGGCUUUCUCCCCGGACCAUUACCUAGCCGAUCUGUUUGAGGACGGGGAGAUCACGGGGCUGCAGAGCUUCAGUCCCUGGUGGGAGGAGCGGAGCGCGUCUGAAGAGCAGGACGGGGGCCAAGACGUGCUGUUUACUGACCAGGACAAAGAGCAGCUGAGGAGAUUCACUAACCGCUCCUACCUGCUGGACAAGCCGUCCCGUCACCAGGCCUGGCUCGGCCUCGUGGACGUGCUGCUGGCGUACGCGUACGAAGUGCGCUCCACGGAGGGGGAGCACAGCGUGGAGUCACCGUGGACCAUCAGGAAGCUGAGCGGGACUCUGAGCUGGCUGGACACCUACAGCUCGCUGCAGGAGGUCCUGGUGUCGUUUGGGAGGAGAGUCCUGUGCUACCCGCUCUACCGGCACUUUGCUCUGGUCACCUCAGCUGUUCGGGACGCAACUAAGAUUUUACAAUCUGGGAAAGCCUGCGUCCUCAAAUGCCUGCUGGAUAUCCACAAAGUCUUCAGAGAGAACGACCCGGCUUAUAUACUGAACGACCUGUACAUCACAGACUACUGCGUCUGGAUCCAGAGGGUCAAGUCCAGAAAGGUGACUGCACUGGCUGCCGCGCUGCAAAAAGCCUCCCUGCAGAAAGAAGACCUGAAACUGGAGCUGGACGAGCUGGAGGACGCAGCAGCGAUGGUGGCGGAGGAAGAGCAGCGGACUUCCAGCAGUGACGGCAGCAGCAGCGGCUCGUCCAGCGAGAGCGAGGAUUCGGACGAUGAAGGACAAGGCUGCUCUGACUCCAAGGAAGGAGGAGGAGGAGGGGGAGGAGGAGAGGCACGGACCCUCCAGCCCCAACCCUCCUCCUCUGUCUCUCCCCUCCACCAAACCCCCGCGAGUGCAGACUCCUCCGUGGAGAAGAGGAGCGCUGACGCCCCUCCCUCAGCCUCAGACGGCUGCAGGCAGCUGAUGCAGGAGCUGAGCAUCUCUCCAGACUCCAGCUGUAAACCAGGGACUCCACGUCCACGGCCGGGUGAUGCCGCGCCGGCCGGAGAGACGUCUGGGAGGAGCAGCGGAGGGGGUUUGUUGGAGCCGAGCCCUCGCAGGAACCCCCUGCUCAUCCUUCAGACACAGGACCAGGAUUCUGAGGAGGACCCGGCCAGCUAGACGGAAAAGGAUGAGCAAUUUAAAUGGCUGUGCUUGUAAGUUAGGAGGAGGGGGCUGUUGGUUUCUUUAUUUUUGAUUUGAUGAACUCGUAGAACAAAUGCAUAUUUGAUCAGUCUUUCCCAACUAAUCUCAGACGGAACGACUGAUCCUCUUGUUUCUGUUUUGUCCUUCGUGUUUUUGCUCUACGUCGACGCUACCAGCUGAAAUACUGAUUCUGUUUGUACUUAUUCAACAUAGUGUAUUUUUAAUCACUCUUUUGUAUCACUUGUGUACAUUUCUAUUCCCACAUUUGCAUAUUCAAGCUGUAGUUUCCUGUUUGGCUUUUGAAAAAUAAAAAUGAAUAUAUUG